AGUAUGUUAGCGGUUGGAUUGGUUGAUGUUCACUAGGGGCUAACCGAUUUGCAUCCGUGACGCCUUGGCUCAAGUUUCACCGCGCGGCAGCUGGCGCGCUUUCCUGUGGAGCGCGGGCUCAUCCGCUCAUGGCAGGCCUAGCCAGUUUCAGGUGUACCAGCGUGCAUCUGACUCGAUGGCAUCGAAUUCCAAGGCAAUGCAGGAAGUACAGGCAAUUGUUGAAGUGAUUGUGGAGAAGGGCGGGCGUAUUCUAGCUGAGAAAGACCUCCAACGCCACCUCAUACAUAAUGCGUGGGAGGUGACGAAAGAGGUGACAUGCUCGCACCUUCAAAUGUGCUUUGUGCCUCACGACAGCAAUCCUAUGCAGGACAGCUUGUGGAUGGUGGAGGACGAGCCACCGGCUCCGCCUUCGGACAUUUGGCUGCGGAAACAGCUGGAGGUCUUAGAUGGUCGAGCGCUUCAGGCACGCCACGCCACGCCGAACUCUCCAAGUCGAAGAAGGAAGACUCGUGCAAAGGUUUGCGUACCUUCCAGACUGGUCAACCGACGAAUGUCGAUGCUGGAAUACAGAAGCCGCGUGAUGCCGCUGAGCGACAGUUUGAAGCUUGACGAGCGGGACGAAGACGAUGAGGCCUUCCGUCAACUUUGGGCGAACAGAUGUGCCAGGGCGACACGAGCCGAACAAGCUCCAGAGGACCCUGAAGAAGCGCAACGGAGGAUGCGUGAACUCCAGGCGUGGCAGCGAGAGAUGGGCUACACCAGCGGCGCUGGCCUCACCGAUCGCUCCACGACGCUGGAGGAGACGGACAGGCUUCCAAAGAUGAACAACUCCAUAGUCUUUGACAUCACCAGCGCGAAGGCCUCGCCCCGGGAACCGGAGGCGAAAGCGGUCCGCGGUGUCACGAUUGCUUCACAGGAAAGUGUCCAGUCGCAUGAAGUGCCUCAACCUCGACAGCCAGAAGAAGUGGUGGAUGGCUUCGUCAGGCUGGAGGACGGCCAGCCAAGCCCGCUGAAGACAAUGCGACUGCAGCCGGGAGUGGUGUUGGAGUGCUCCGGAAGGAAGAAAUCGGGUCCAAGAUCACCCAAUGAUCCAAAUCACAAGGCUUGGAAGGUCUACCAGGGGUGGAUUCCUGAGUACAGCUCCCACGACCAGGAGGUGCAAUCCUUGAGCAUCGAUCUGGACGCGAUGGACCUCUACCAUGUGAGUGUGGAUGGAGCACAGGAGCACUUGUCUCCAAGCUUAGAGGAGCUUCAGGUGCCUCGUGCGGAAGGCUGCAGGCCGAAGUCGGCACAUCUCUUGGGACGCUCAGAAAGUCUGGCUUCCUUCCCGUCGAGAUCAACUUUGCUGUCAGCGAAUUGCUGGGGCCAAGGCAGAAGUGCUGCUGCCAAAGUACCAGGACUAAAGGCUCCUUCGGCAUCUCCAGCCCACAAGGAUAGUUGCUCAACCGCUCCACGCCGUUCUGCAAGUCAAACGCCCCGUUCCCCGGGCACGCACCCGCUGCGUUCCCAGCCGAGAAACCCGAGGCAGAAAGUGGCGCUUCUGGGUGGUCACUGUGGAGCGCUGGUGCAACCGCCCUUGGGAGCCACGAUGGGUCAUGGACUUCUUCCAUCUGCCGACUGCAAUAUGCGAGAGGCAAUCAAGAAGGGCGAGUUCUACUAUCCAACGAGUCAGAAGGACAAGCCUGUUCUGCGAGCAAGCAGCCUGAGCAGGACCAGAUCGGCACAAAGUGUCCAGCGUAAGCCGACUCGAGCCUGGAAGUAGUUGGCGUUUCCGGCGACACUAGCACUGCUUGUAGCAGUCUGUAACUGUAAGAAGCUGCGUGUAAAGUUAGGACGGCGGCCCUCCAAAAGGAGAAUCGCAAGCGAUGC